GUUCCUCACGCACCCGCCCAGUUGAAGCCGGACUGCGGGGCGGAGGGGUGGGCUGUGUGCUGCGAGCCUGGCGCGAAGAAGAUGAACGGGACGCGGAACUGGUGCAGACUUGUGGACGUGCACCCGGAGGGCCAAACCACGGGCAGCGUGGAUAUUCUCAGGCUGACUCUCCAGCGUGAACUGACAGGAGAGGAACUUGAGCUCGUAGCCCAGCAGGCGGGCAGGAAGACCCACAUCAUGGUGUCCGGCCGCCCAGCUGGCCAUUCUCUGGCCUCAGAGCUGGUGGAGUCCAAUGACGGACACGAGGAGAUCAUUAAGGUGUACUUGAAGGGACGGUCAGGAGACAAGAUGAUCCAUGAGAAGAAUAUUAACCAGCUAAAGAGUGAGGUCCAGUACAUCCAGGAGGCCAGGAGCUGCCUGCAGAAGCUCCGGGAAGAUAUAAGCAGCAAGCUUGACAGGGAUCCAGAAGACUCUAUCCAUCAACAGGAGCUCCAGGUGGUGCUAGAAAAGCCAAAUGGCUUUAGUGAGGGUCCUGUGACCCUGUAUAGCAGGCCACCUGAGGUAGAGACCUUUAUCCAUGACGAUGUGGAGAGCUUAAGAAAAACUGUGUGGGACCUGCUUGCCAAGCUUCAGGAGGCAGAGCGGCAGCACCAGUCAGACCACGCAGCUUUUGAGGUCACGCUCAGCCGCUACCAGCGGGAGGCGGAACAGAGUAAUGUGGCCCUUCAGAGAGAGGAGGACCGAGCGGAGCAGAAGCAGGCAGAAGUGGGGGAGCUGCAGAGGCGCCUGCGGGGCAUGGAGACGGAGCAUCAGGCCUUACUGACAAAAGUCAGAGAGGGGGACGUGGCCCUGGAGGAACUCCGGAGCAAGAGCGCUGACUGCCAAGCCCAGCAAGAAAAGGCUGCUGCCCUGGAGAAGGAGGUGGCGGGGCUUCGUGAGAAGAUCCAUCACCUGGACGACAUGCUCAAGAGCCAGCAGCGGAAAGUCCGGCAGAUGAUAGAGCAGCUCCAGAAUUCGAAGGCUGUGAUCCAGACCAAGGACGCCACCAUCCAGGAGCUCAAGGAGAAGGUCGCCUACCUGGAGGCAGAGAAUUUGGAGAUGCACGACCGGAUGGAACACCUGAUAGAGAAACAGAUCCGUCAUGGCAACUUCAGCACUCAGACGCAGGCCAAGACAGAGAACCUGGGCAGCGUCAGGAUAUCCAAGCCCCCCAGCCCCAGGCCCAUGCCUCUCAUCCGAGUGGUGGAGACCUGAGUGUGAGGAGAUGGACAAGGACAUAGACGCUGCUGGUGCUGCCACCUCCCGCCUGUGAAAAGCCCAUCACUGCAGGAUGUUAACUGACUGACUUCUGGAUUGUUCCCUGACUGCACCUGGGGCUGGGGCACCUGUGUCCUCCAGGCCCCUCGCUCCUGUCCUCUGUUUCCUGGGCAGAUGCAGCAUGAGCACCUCCUCUGGACACUGCAGCCCUUCGGGAGAGGGUAUCCUGCCAGCAGGAUGGGGCAAUGUCUUCUUCCCAUAGUUAUAUUUUCUCUGUAGCAGAGCCUUCCUUCUAUUGUCUACUGGAAUCCAGCUGUCCCAGAAGCCAGGUCCCCAUCUGGUCGGGAGAAGUGUCAAGAUUUGUCUCAGCCCGAGAGGUAGCGGAUGUCCAAAGUGGUUGGAGUGUGUCCUGGGUGUGGAGUUCCUUCUGCAAACAUAGCUCGGCUCUCAGCAGCCCCCUCCCCUCGGCCGUGCUGACAGACAGUGGGGCGACCUGGCCAGGCCUGGCCAGAGCCAGGACACCAAGCCGACUCAGAGCCUUGUCCUUCCAGGACAGGGGAGUGUGUGCCUGGUGUAGCUUUUACCAGACCGAUUCUCUGGGGCUGUGGACAGUUACGUGUGACUUCUCUCUGCUGUGAAAAUUCCCACAGUCUCCUAGGGGUUCCCCUAAUGUGUCCCGCAAGGCGCACCUUAGUCUCCCCGACCCAGAGUGUAAGAACUGUGUUUUUAGUGAGUAUAUCAUUCCCAGCAAAACUUUCGUUGUAUUUAUUUUGCUAAGUUAUUGGUGUUUUUGCUUACAUCUCAUAAUCGAUUUCAUACCAGAGCUCUAUAGUCUUUUCUUGUGGUAGAUGGAUUUGCUUGAAACUGGGGAAAAACAUCCCCUUUUCUAUUAGAUGACAUAGUGAUAGAUCUGCUCUCUCCCAACCGCUUCGCUUCCCUUCUUCCGCCAGACCCUGCACCCCAGGAAGGCAAGGGCACUUUCCUUGAGGUGUUGGGUUCUGGGUGUGUGUUGUUUGGGGAACACAGUGAUCAGGACCCUUUAUAGGGAGAGGGUGUGUUCUCCUAAACCCUUGAAUCCCUCUGCUCCAUAGUUGGUCUCUUUAUUUUAUUUUAUUUUUAUUUUUUUGAAAUAGCAUCCUGCUAUAUUGUCCAGGCUGGCCUUGAACUCUUGACUCUCCUUCCUCAGCCUCUCUGGGAGCUAGGAUUACAGGUGUGUGCCACUGUACUUGGAUCCGUGAUUGGUCUUUAUUGUGGCUUUGAGUAGCCUUCAGCUCCUCGUGUUUCUUUAGGACUUUCCUACAGCCUUAAGAAGUACACAAACGUCCGAGUGUGGUGCUGUAAGAAGCAGAGGUGAAUGUGGGUUAAGUCUUGGGCUCCACUUGGGCGACAACUGGAAGCCGUCAGUCUGUUUCCAUGAGUCAGGACAGAGCUCCCCUUCUGGCUUUGUGCAUAAGAGUCCUGGGACUUCAGGCAGUCCUCUCGUUUGUGAAAUGAAAGUGUUGGCUAGAUCAUCUCCGUGUCCCUUCAAGUUCUUGUAUUUUGUUUCUGUGGCAUCUUCUUUGUAUGGUGAAUUUAAUACAUUAAAUUAUGCUAAUAUGUCUCUGA